AAUCAGUCAAUGUCUUGGAGUUGAUGGCGCGAGUACACGCGACACGAGGUGACUGCGACUGCGACUGCGACUCCGACGAGUGCGAAAUAAACUCGAACUCGAGCUCGAACUCGAACUGCAACUCGAUAUCGACAUCGACAUCGAACUGUUGUGUUUUUACGUGUGAUAUCAGCAGAAGCCGCCGUUAGCCGCAGUUAACCGUUAAUCGUUUGCCGCCCGCCGUCGUUUUGUUAAGUGAACAACAACAAAAUCAAUUGCCAAUAAAUUGCAAUUUUUUGCAAAAAACUAUAAUAUUUUUUUUUUUUGGUGCAAAAGCAAAACCAAGCAAAAAGUGAAAAAUUUGAAAGAAAAGAAUAUAAAAAAGAUAUUGAAAAAUUGUUAACACAGUUUUGCCACAGUUCCUAAACAAAAUUCUCGCAAGAGACAAAACACAACAUAAUUAAUACACAAGGAGAGGAUAGCAUCGCAAUCACGACGUCGUCACCCGGGUCAAUAAUGCUGGUGCCGUCGGACAUGAUCGCGGCACAGUCCAAGAUGGUCUAUCAGAUGAACAAAUAUUGCGCGGAUCGUGUGCAGGUGCGCAAGGCGCAGAUCCACAAACAGAUCCAGGAGGUCUGUCGCAUCGUUCAGGAUGUGCUCAAGGAGGUCGAGGUGCAGGAGCCACGUUUCAUCUCCUCCCUCAACGACUAUAACGGUCGCUUCGAGGGCCUGGAAGUGAUCUCACCCACAGAAUUCGAAAUCAUCAUCUACCUCAAUCAGAUGGGCGUUCUCAACUUCGUCGACGACGGCACUCUGCCCGGCUGUGCGGUGCUCAAGCUGAGCGACGGACGCAAGCGAUCCAUGUCAUUGUGGGUGGAGUUCAUCACGGCAUCCGGUUAUCUGUCGGCACGCAAAAUUCGCUCCAGAUUCCAGACGCUGGUGGCCCAAGCGUGCGAUAAGUGUGCCUAUCGUGACAUUGUCAAGAUGAUCGCCGAUACCACCGAGGUGAAGCUGCGGAUCAGAGAGCGGAUCAUUGUGCAAAUAACGCCCGCCUUUAAGUGUGCCGGCCUCUGGCCACGCUCAGCCUCGCAUUGGCCGCUGCCGGGCAUCCCCUGGCCGCAUCCCAAUAUUGUGGCAGAGGUUAAGACUGAGGGCUUCGAUAUGCUCUCCAAGGAGUGCAUCGCACUCCAGGGCAAGAACUCCGCCAUGGAGGGUGAUGCCUGGGUGCUUAGCUUUACGGAUGCCGAGAAUCGCCUCUUGCAAGGUGCCAGCCGCCGUCGUUGCCUUAGCAUAUUGAAGACACUGCGCGAUCGCCAUCUGGAUCUGCCCGGGAAUCCCGUAACGUCGUACCAUCUGAAAACGCUGCUGCUGUACGAAUGCGAGAAGCAUCCGAGGGAAAUGGAAUGGGAGGAGAACUGCAUUGCGGAUCGCAUCAAUGGCAUAUUUCUACAGCUGAUCUCGUGCCUGCAAUGCCGUCGCUGUCCGCACUACUUCCUGCCCAACAUGGAUCUCUUCAAGGGCAAGUCGCCGGGGGCCCUCGAGAAUGCCGCCAAGCAGGUGUGGCGCCUCACCCGCAUCAUGCUGACCAAUGUGCGUUGCCUCGAGGAGUUGUAGAGUUUGUUUAGCUGCUAAGCAAGUAGAGAGUUGGAUUCGAUUCGUUUUAUUUUUUUCUUUUUUUUUUUGUUAUCAUUUUAAUUUUAUUUUUCAUUUUUUUUUAUUUAAUUUUUAUGUUUUUCUUUUUGUUUGAGCUAAAAAAACAAAAGCCGCAUAAUGCGGCCCCGAGAUACGAUUAGAAUUUUGUAGUAGAAGCGAAGAGGAUUGUGGGGAAGGGGGCAACGCUCAGUGAGGUAACGUUCGUGGAGGAAAUUUUAACCCAAAUACUAUUUGAUAUUUCAUUAGAAUUAAAUUUAGUUCUUAGGUGCUUUCGAAAAGUAUACGCCGCUUCAAGAGUUUCCUAUAUUUAAUUGAUACAACUACAAAUACGUAUACAACAACAAAAAUAUCUACCCUUUAAAGCAUACAUACAUUUAUAUAUACAUAAUAACAAGGUCAUAAAUACGCACAAAAUUAAAUAUAAAAAAAACAAACAAAAAAAAAA